AUGGACUCGGUGCGCGUACUCGUCGCGCACCACAGGUGGCAAGUUCUUCAUAUGGACGUCAAGUCCGCGUUUCUGAACGGCGAUCUCCACGAAGAGGUCUACUUUCAACAGCCACCAGGCUAUGGUGUGGCCGGCCACGAGGCAAGGUGCUGCGCCACCGCAAGGCGUUCGUGGUACGGGCAGCUCUCUUCUGAUCGUUGGGGUCACGUGGAUGACCUCAUCAUCACCGGAGUGGCCACGACGGAGAUUAACUCCUUCAAGCAGCAGAUGACCAAGCUGUUCCGCAUGAGCGAUCUGGGCAAGCUCAGCUACUACCUCAGAAUUGAAGUGAGCCAGGAGCGCGAUCGGAUCGUGCUUGGGCAGGCGGCCUAUGCCAAGCGGCUACUGGAGCGCGCGGGCAUGGAGGACUGCAAUCCCAGCAACACGCCGAUGGAGGCUCGGCUCAAACUGAGCAAGGAGAGCACCGCCACCCUGGUGGACAAGACAAAGUACCGCAACACCAUCGGAGGACAGCGGUAUCUGGUUCAUACAAGGCCCGACAUAUCAUUUGCAGUUGGGUACUUGAGCAGGUUCAUGGAGAAACCCGCGUCUGACCACUACGCUGCAGUGAAGCACCUUCUGCGGUAUGUGGCCGGGACGCUGGAUCAUGGCUGCGCAUACGAGCGCGGCGAUGGAGGACUGCAGCUAACCAGCUAUAGUGACUCGGAUCACGGUGGGGACACGGACGACAGGAAGAGCACAACGGGCGUGAUCUUCUUCCUCGGCAAGAGCCCGGUGAGCUGGCAGUCCCAGAAACAACGAGUGGUGGCGAUCUCUUCGUGCGAGGCCGAGUACAUGGUCGCCACCACCACUGCUUGCCAGGGCAUCUGGCUGGCGUGGCUACUUGGCGAGAUGCUGAACAAGGAAGCUGUGCGGCCGAAGCUCCUCGUCGACAACAAGUCGGCGAUCUCUCUGGCGAAGAAUCCUGUCUUCCACGACCGUAGCAAGCAUAUUGAAAUCAGGUACCAUUUCAUUCGCGAGUGCGUGGAACAGGGGCGCGUCUUCAUCGACUACGUCAGGACCAGUGAUCAACUUGCUGACACCACUUGGACGUCUCAUUUCCAAGAGCUGAGGAGGAGAAUCGGCAUGGUUGAAAUAAUUCGCCAACGCCAAGAUUAG